CUUUCAUUUUACUUUUACAAAGAAAUACCAUUCUUUCUUGCGAUAGGCAGAUGAUAAAAUUUCCCCAUCGAAGAACUCCAGCAUUUUUUGCUCUAAUUGUCUUGGCAGCCUUAUAUGUCAUGCUGGCCUCAGCAGUUAGCAGUCCGAAACCAGGCAAAGAUCGUCACGGAACAAUCUCGAGUGAGAUUCCCGACUUGAAUUACCCUCUUCCACAAGGUGACUUGGUAGAUGUUCAUGCAUCAAGCAUGCCUUCUAGUCAAACUCAUAAUGUUGAUCUCUCCAGUGAUGAGGCGGUAGAAGAAAGUGCAUCGGAGCAUCGUUCUCACACAAGCAGAUCUUUGACGGAAGAACGUAGGAUUAGAAACCGAAACUAUAAAAGGGCGCGAAGAGCAAGGAUGAGUACGGAGGAAAAGCUGGCGUUGUAUAAAAAAGAUCAUGAGAAUCGCAAAAGGAAAUCAGCAGAGUCAAAAGAAGCAGCUCAAAGAUAUAAAGAUAUAUCUAAUGCAUGCACCCGCCGAUGGAAAGCAAGAAAGGUUGCUGCAAAAGAAGGCAGAGAAACUGUUCACCAUCAUCGUAUUCUUCUGUGCGCUAUCUUAUGAACUUAUGAAUUUCGUAAUCAUCAAGUUGACAUUUAUUUUUGUGUUAGCACUGAACGGCUGUGUGCUAGCUGUGAAGAAUCGAAAAGAAGUUGCUAACGCAAACCCUUCUCUUAAAAAGAAACACGACGAUAUGACUGCUGAGCCAGUCCCUGAUCUCAAUUUUCCUCCACCAGAGGAAGUAGCACAAAGUACUGGCGGUGUUCACCCAUCAGCAUCUUCAAGUGACAGUGAGAAGGACUCUGUUCCAAAAAAGAAAACGUACUACCAAAGAAUGAAGGAAAGAAGACUUAAAGAUGGUACUUUGGACGAAUGGAAAGCCAGGAUUGAAGAAAGACGGAAGUUGUUCUGGUCUAAAAUGACGCCAGAGCAAAAGAUUGAAAAGGGAAGAAAGUAUAACAAAACAAAGCUCAAAAAAAUUAGAGACAUCUUAUGUACCUUAGAGCACAUUCGACGACAACUUUACGUCCUUGAAGACCUGCAAAAUAAGAUCGUGUACGCUUCCGCCACCAACAUCUGCAGAAAAAAACCAUGCCCCGAAUUAUCGAGCACACAUUCAGCUGAGGCAACAAAAAUUGCUGAGAAGCGAAAACCUGACCAAGAAUUGCAACCAGAAAGCCUGGCUCAGCCGCCAUCCUCAAAGAAGGCCGAAAUACCAGAUUUAAACUUCCCGCCACCUCCCGAGAAAGAAAAUUUGAAAUCCCAGAAGGAUGACAAAUCCAAAACGAGGUACUCUCGUAAAAUUCAAAAAAUGAUUGAUCAAGGGACAUAUGAAGAUUUUUUAAAUGCUGAAAGUGCUCGAAAACGUGCGCAUUUUGCCAAUCUGACCCCAGAAGAAAAAUUAAGAAUUUCACGAAAGAAUCAGAUCAGUCUUUAUGAAAGACUACAAAAGCUGGCAUUGCUUCAAGCUGUAGCUGUCAAGGAUACGAAUGAAGCGGAGGGAACAAAUACUCCUAAGAAGUACAAUUUACGUGUUCGAGUACCAAGAAAGCCAAUCUCCUCUGUCUCUGUCCCAAGAAGAGAGCCCAUUCCUGAUUUGAACUUUCCACCCCCAGCUGAAGAAGAUCAGGUGAAGCUCACUGACAUGCAAACAAAAGAAAUCUUGCCAAAAAGUCGAGGUGCAAGUGCAUAUGCACGAUUUAUAGCAAGACAUGUCGAAAGGGGAACUUUGGAAGCGUAUAGAGAAGCUGAAAAGAGUAGAAGGAAGGAAUUUAGAGCAAGAUUCACAGCAGAGGAGCUGAAAGCGAUCAAUCAUAAGCACGACGCAAUCAGAAGAGCAAGAAAUGCAAAUUCUAAAGAACGGCUUGAAAAUGCCCGAAGGAUAAGCAGACUAUCCACAAGCCGAUAUAAAGCAAGAAUGAGAGCAAAAAAGAAAGGAUUACCAGAAGACCCGAAAGAUGCAAUAAGAAGAAAACAAGCCAAAAUUGUUUCUACUCCAAAUGACAAUGCCUCAGGAUGA